AAUAAAAAGACAGUGGGAAAAGAAGGGAAAGAUGCCGUUUUUUUCUGUGAAAAAAGUGAGUUAGAGAAAGAGAGAGAGAAGAAAAAGAGAGGAGAGAGAGUCAUCUCCAGAGCAAGGCAGGCGCACCUCUCAAUUCUCUCAACAAGAUAGAUCUUGUUGGGGCGGACAUGAAUCACAAUUUGACUGAGCUUACUGAGGGGGUGUUGUGAAACGACAGAGAACAGCUUCCUCCCACAUCUGGAUAAAACACCUUCCGAGAUACGAAACAAGGAAAGUUUGGAGUCCUCAGCCAACCGUCACCAAGACCUAUCAGCUGCUUCCAGGUAGCAGCCUUGUUGCCCUGCUGGCUGAGCAGCCUUUCCCAGGUCACCGGCUGCUCCAGCUUCAUGCGCAGUCCGGCCUUCUUCCUGUCCCACUCCCCCUUCAGCCCGCUGUGGAUGAACUGCUUCGCACUCGCAGGGAGGACGAAAGCACAAGAGAGCUGAGAGAGAGCAUGGCUUCCUUGUCAUCAAACCACAGUCUUCCCUCAUCCCACAACAACACGAUGGCGGAGCUGAGCCCGGUGAGCAACGACAUCUCGACGGCCGUGGGCGCUCUGAUCCUGGGCAUCGUUUUCCUGCUCGGCGUUCCCGGGAACCUCUUUGUGGCCUGGAGCAUCAUGGCGCGCACCCGCCAUCGCUCCGUCACCACCCUGCUCAUCUUCAACCUGGCGUGCGCCGACGGCUUCCUCAUGGCGCUCACCGUCUUCUUCGUCAUCUACCUGGCCACGCAGACGUGGGUCUUCGGCCGGGUCAUGUGCAAGAUACUCUUCUACCUGUGCAACGUCAACAUGUACGCCUCCAUCUUCCUCAUCACCCUGAUGAGCCUGCACAGGCUGGUCGCGGUGGUCUGGCCGCUCAAGUUGUCGUCGGUGGCCUGCAGGAAGAUCGUGACCAGGAUGAUCGCGGGCAUGUGGGCGUCGGUGACACUGAUCGCCCUCCCUUCCCUGAUUUUCCGCGAAGUGAUAAAGAAGCACGACGACGAACGGGACACCAUUCUGGUGUGCACGCCGAAACACGACCUGCCGCGAGAAGUGAUGUUCCAGUAUUCCUUUGAGACAGUGGUCGGUUUCAUAAUUCCUUAUGCCGUCAUUAUGACCAGCUACAUAAAGAUUGUGAGACGCCUGAAGCAGACCAAGUUUCGUCGCACGGUGCGCAGUGAGAAGCUGAUCAUGGGGAUUGUGGUGACCUUCGGCUUGUUGUGGCUGCCCUAUCAUGUCAUCAACAUGGUACAGGUUUCAGCUGAGUGGUUUGAUGAAAAGUCGAAGGUGCGAGCAAAAUUGCUCCUGAUAUCGAAGACGAGCCGUGCCGUGACCUCUGCCCUGGCCUUCAUCAGUAGUUGUGCCAACCCAGUCCUUUACACGUUCGCUGGGAAGGCCUACAUCAAGAAAAACGGUUUCUCCUUCAUGGCUCGACUGUUUGAGGGCACAUCGAUGGAUCAGACCGCGAACAAAAUCGCUAGCAGCACGAACAAGUCAACUGAACUAUAAAUGACUGAAAGAUAUGGCUAGUAUAUGCCUGGUUUGAUCUUGUAUAUAAAAAUGUAAAACUGUAAAUAAAAAAAUUGUCAAGCUGUAAAUAUGUCAACGUAAGAGUAGACAAGUUUUACCAGAGGGCAUUGUACAUUUGUACUGUAAAUAUAGUUAAGGAAAUACAUAUUAAAGUUAUGGCUGGUGAUAUCCAGCGAUUGAGUAAAUAAUGAGUAGCAUUGAAUGCCCCAUCUAGAGAACUUCAUUUCGUGCAGUUUGAUUUUUUUUGGCCGGUUUCUUUUGGCAUUGUCUCUACAUGACAUGUUAUUCCAAGGGUCUGUAAAGGACCUCAUAGGUAACCCAGCAUUAAAGGUUAUCGCAGCUCUACUUUGCAGGCUGAAUUUCACAGUCCAAGGUCAUCAUUAACUGUAUGAUUUUAAUCAAAACCCUUUCCAAAGUAUGCCAUUACACCUCUUGAAGCAUUAAA